AUGCCAUUAGACAAGAAUGACUGGUCAUAUGAAAAUCGGCAUAACCAAAUGAAUCAAAUUUCUUGCGAACAUUCUUCUUCACCAUCGUCAACAUCGGGUGAGGAUGAGGAAAAACAGCAGCCAAAUAGUGAUAAUGAAGACGAAGCACAAGAUGAGAUUAAUGAUGAUGAAUUUUUACGAAAACGUUAUGUCAAUAAAAAUGAAUAUCGUCGAGUAUCGGUAGCUGCUGAAAAGUACAAUCCCGAAGAAGAUAAUGACAACGAUACAGAACAUAUAUUUUAUCCGAAAAAUGAUGAACAACGACAACGUUUGAGAGAAGCUGUUAUUUAUAGUCUUCUAUUCCGAACGUUAGAAUCAUCACAAAUUGAUCAAAUAUUAGACGCUAUGUACGAAAAAGAUGUAAAACAAGGCGAAGUAAUUAUUAAACAGGGAGAUGAUGGUGAUAACUUUUAUGUUAUUGAUGAAGGUAUUUUUGAUAUUUAUGUUAGUAAACAACCAGAUCAAACUCCAGUUAAAGUGGGUGAAUAUGGUAAUAAAGGUUCAUUUGGUGAACUAGCAUUAAUGUAUAAUCAGCCAAGAAGUGCCACCAUUAUAGCGGCAACAAACGGUGUCCUAUGGGUUAUGAAACGUCAAACAUUUCGUAAAUUAGUCCUGAAACAUGCCUUUCGUAAACGUCAACUAUAUGAAAACUUUCUGAAAGAGGUUGAAAUAUUAAAAUCUAUGAAUGAUUAUGAACGAUCAAAUGUAGCUGAUGCUUUAAUACCGAUAGUCUAUGAACCAAAUGAUUUGAUUAUUAAGCAAGGUGACUAUGGUGAUCGAAUGUUUUUUAUUGAAAAUGGGGAAUGUGAUGUUAUUGUGAAUAAAAAAUUUAAUAAAACAUUAAGUAAAGGCGAUUAUUUUGGUGAGUUAGCCCUCGUUAAUAAUGAACCUCGUUCAGCCACUGUACGCGCGAAAACAAAAGCAAAAUUAGCAUAUUUAGAAGUAGAAUCAUUUGAACGACUUAUGGGUCCAUGCAUGGAGUUACUUUGUAGAAAUAUGUCUAAAUAUACCAAAUAA